CGUUUCUGACUGGAACAAGAUUCGUCUGAGAUUUUUGUCUCGUUGUGAAUAACAUACUUAAAUUUCUUUUUAUUUUCGGAGUUUGCCGAACAAAGAAAUCACAAGUUAAAUUCAAUAUCGUCUAUCAAAUAAACGUAAGCAAAACGUACCGAUCGUGCUUUGCUAGGUAAGGCGGCGUAAUGGUUUUCCUGCGACCGAUAUUGAACACUGCGCGCCGUAUUCCAAUGAUCAAAUUCCGAAAAGGUGGUCCAUAUUUGGAUAGCGGUAGUUCCGGACAGCAAUCGGCCGCAGCAACGGGAGCCACCAUGGGAGCACAAACUAGAUCUGUUUCUUCGGGUGAAGCCAUCGAGGAGUGGCAGUUGCCGGCUCGGUAUCGCAGAAAGCAAAUCGAUGAUGUGGAAAUGGAAUGGAUCAACCGUGGAGGACCUCCGGCCUAGAAAGCAAACUCUUGGUGUUGCAAGACGGAGCUAUCCUAGUCAUAGAAAGUGAAAUAAGUACACCCAUCCAUUGUCGUUAUCAUUGUUAUCUUAACAGCAUUUCUCAUCGGUGCAUACGCGGAAUAGGGUUCGUUCGUCACGCAGAAUCCAUUUUAGGCUGAUUUUUCUAUAUGCCGUAUUGCUAACAACGGUACUGAAAGUAACUUUUUAAUAUCAAAGAAGGUGCUGAGUAAAACUAGAAUAAAUUCAAAUACGGAUAAAAAUUCUUCAAACACGAACCCAUAACUCGGAUUUGUCUAUACUGUUGUGCUUCGUGAUUUGAUUGUAUUGCUCUCAGUUUAACCGGUUUGUAAUUUGAAAAAGACCAAUUUUGUAGGUUUGUUCAUGAUUAAUGGUUUAAUAAAAUUAUUGAAUAAUAAAAA